GCUUGUUAACUAAUUUAAAAGAAUAAAGACGAUUUGGUAUUGUUUUGUAUAUAUUACAAACCCUAACUUUUAACAGCAGCAUUUUGUUUUCGGCUUGCGAUUUCAAAUUAUUUGAGCAACCAUGGUGAGAGUGAGUGUGCUGAAUGAUGCUCUAAAGAGCAUGUACAAUGCUGAGAAAAGAGGAAAGCGCCAAGUCAUGAUUAGACCAUCAUCCAAAGUCAUCAUCAAAUUCCUUAUGGUUAUGCAGAAGCAUGGAUACAUUGGAGAAUUUGAGUAUGUUGAUGACCAUAGAGCUGGUAAGAUUGUUGUUGAAUUAAAUGGUAGGCUGAAUAAGUGUGGUGUUAUUAGUCCCCGUUUUGAUGUUGGUGUCAAAGAGAUUGAAGGUUGGACUGCCAGACUUCUUCCUUCCAGACAGUUUGGGUAUAUUGUUUUGACUACCUCUGCUGGUAUUAUGGAUCAUGAAGAGGCUAGGAGAAAGAAUGUUGGUGGCAAGGUCCUUGGUUUCUUCUAUUAGGCUAGCUUUUUGAGGGUCUUUGUGACUUCAAUUUUUGGCUUACGGCUGUAAUGGAGGAUGUGUUAGUCGUCCACUAGCAAUUUUUUCAAACCAAGUUUAUCACUAUAAUUUAUCUUAUUUCUUCAUUAUUAUGUUAUACUGAAAAAAUGUUUGAAUUGGAGGCUUAAAGAUGUUUGAAUUGGUGCGGCUAAAGUUGUGUUCGAUAUUGUAUUGACUAGUUUGAGUUUUGAA